CACACGCUUAUCGCCGCCUACAAACGGUGACGAUCUCAGACUGACUCUACCUCUCAUACAGCUCACCUGAGCUCCAUCCGUCCUCCCUAACAUUUAAUUGAAUUAAAGACGUAUUUUCCACCUGUCUUCGAGCUUCGAUUGAGGUACCCAUCAUAAAAUAGCCCGCUACCCCACCAUUGCCAAGACUCAUCAAAAUGGCAACCUCACACACAAUGAGUGAGGAGGAAUUGAAGGAGCUGUAUAGCUUCGCUUUGGACUUAGGCAGGAGGGCGGGAAAGAUAUUAAUGGAUGGGGUCGAUAUGCGGUGUGGGGACUCAGCGGGGAGGACGGAGACGAAACAGGAGGAAAAGAUGAAUGCAGUCGAUAUCGUGACCCAGACUGACCUUGAUGUUGAAGCUUUUGUAAAAGAGGAAAUCACAAAGAAAUAUCCUUCUCACGACUUCAUCGGUGAGGAAACCUACUCAGCAGGAUCCUCUAAAGAAUACCUCAUUACCUCAAAACCAACUUGGUGUGUGGAUCCUUUAGACGGAACGGUAAAUUACACUCACCUCUUCCCCAUGUUCUGCGUCUCCAUCGCCUUCAUUCUCGACUCCCAACCCGUCGUCGGAGUUAUCUACCAACCGAUCCUCGACGUCACAUAUUCGGCAUUAUCAGGCCAAGGAGCCUGGCAAGACGAUGCUCAUGCAUGGAAGAAACGAAGAGCGUUGCCCCUCAUCAACAACCCCAAAGCUCCGAUUCCAGAGAAAGCCCCAAAAGGAUGUAUCUUUAGCUGUGAGUGGGGUAAAGAUAGAAGAGAUGUUGAGGGAGGAAAUAUGUGGAAGAAGGUCAAUUCAUUUGUCAACAUGGCUGCUGAGACUGGUGGACGGGAAGGAAAAGGAGGCAUGGUUCAUGGGGUCAGGAGUUUGGGGAGUGCGACUCUGGAUCUUGCGUACGUAGCGUCCGGCGCCUUUGAUAUCUGGUGGGAAGGAGGAUGCUGGGAGUGGGACGUAGCGGCUGGGUUUUGUAUUCUGAAGGAAGCGGGUGGACUGAUUACCACUGCUAAUCCGCCGCCGAAUCCGAUGAGUGAUUCGAUUCAGGAGGUGAGGUUGGGAAGCCGGUUGUAUUUGGCCAUUCGACCAGCUGGGGAUACGGAGAAUGAGACUGGACGACAGGCGCAAGAGAGAGUGAUUAGAGAGACAUGGAAGAGGGUACAGGGACUGGAUUAUACGAGACCAGGGGCUUAAACAAGCCAAGUGUUAUAUAUAUCUGAAUAGACUACCUCAGGACAAUCCAGAACGCCAUGCUAAUGCUUCCAGUCU